GCACUGGUGUAAAUCGAUUGCAACACAUGUAACACUCCAGCUGACCUGUAACGUAGAAAUACGCCGGUUGUAAUCAUUCACAUUAAAAAUCAAAAUUUUAUUCUUAUAUUUAACGACAUUGUUCGGGAACGUUCAUUACGUCUGAUCAAAAUAAUUUUUGAUUAAUUAUAGAGGUAAAAUAUCCUCCAUUUUGUAGUAGCUCGUCAUGAAAAUACUCAGAGUGGUCAGGGGGAUUGACAGACCUCUUUUUUUGAAAAAAUUGUGGGGACGUUUUGGUGUGGAAGUGAAUCCAGUCGCUAAGGAUUUGUCUACAAUGUCAUUCGAGGAGGAGAAAGAAAAGUUUUUGAUGAUGUCCAGAGACGAGAAGAAGCAGCAUUAUAAAUCUGAGAUAACCAAUUUGGAGCAGGUCAUGACACUGCCGGAAUAUUUUAAGAAAAACACAGGAGGUGUUGAAAUUAAAUCUGAGUUAGCAAAAAAAAUUUCAAUGUGGCAGGGUGAUAUAACAUCCCUUGAAAUCGACGCCAUUGUCAAUGCUGCUAAUUCAAGCUUGAUGGGAGGUGGAGGAGUUGAUGGAGCAAUUCACAGAGCGGCGGGACCAAAUCUGAAAAAAGAAUGCGCCACCUUGAACGGAUGCUCCGUUGGAGAAGCAAAAAUUACUGGAGGAUAUAAAUUGCCAGCUAAAUAUGUCAUUCAUACGGUGGGACCUCGAGGGGAAAAGCCAGACAAACUAAAAGACUGUUAUCGUAAUUGCCUUCAACUGGCUAAAGACAAUAGCUUAAAGACUAUUGCUUUUCCGUGUAUAUCAACGGGAGUUUAUGGUUAUCCUCAGAGACCUGCUGCGGAUGUUGCCAUUAACACUGUCAAAAGUUUUCUCCAGGAAAAUGCAGAUAAGAUCGAUCGUGUUAUAUUUUGCCUUUUCCUGCAGACAGACAAAGACAUCUAUGAAGAGCUUCUCGAGAAAUAUUUUCAGACUUAAAAUAUUGAAACAAUUUUCUAUUUAAGGUUGUACUUCGAAAUAAAUUGUCUGAAGUUUUGUGACACUGGAAUAAAGGUUGAUUUAACAUGCUGGA